AUGUCAAACAAAAAACUGCUCCAUAUGUCACUAGACAAUGGUGUCACUCUUGCUUAUCGACUUUCUCAUCCUAUCGACAAAUCAUUACCAACUCUCGUCAUGUUUCACGCAUUCCUGAUGGAUUCGCGGUUCUACGACCGUCAAUUUAAGGACUUUCGAUAUUCGGCCUAUAAUCUAAUAGCAAUCGAUGCACAUGGUCACGGAGAAACAACAGGCCGGGAAGAUGACUUCACCUUUUGUAAUACUGCCUCGGAUUCACUACAGCUUCUCACUAAACUUGAUCUUGAUCAAUUUUAUGUACUCGGUACUACACAAGGAGGCUUCAUAGCCUUACAAAUGGCUUUACUCGAACCUGAACGAAUCAAAGGGUUAAUAUUACUCGGAACUACGGUCUUCGGGGCGACUAAGCAAGAUGAAAUGAAUGCCAGAAGGUCCCGUGAUAAAUGGUGCGAAACCGAAAUUCCUUCGGACGAGGCAAUACUUGCUAGAUCAGCAUCCUUCGGCGGCCCUACAAAUGUAGACGAAAAAGUCUACGAAUCAAUUAAACAGAUGUGGAUUAAACGACAUGCUGGUUCCAAAGGCUAUGAUCCGGCGCUUAACUGUCUCCUUAACCGUGAUGCAAUCGAUGAUAAACUUGAUCAAAUUAACGUGCCAACAUUGGUGCUGCAUGGAGCAAAUGAUCAUAUCUUUUCAAUCAAAGAUGCAAAAGAUUGGAGUUCAAAACUACCUAAACUAUGGAAAUUCGAGAUCGUAGAAAAAGGCGUUCACCAUCUUUCGUUAACAGAGCCUGGAGCCGAAGUCGCUGCUCAAUUAAUUCCAAAAUUCAUUGAAGAAACAUUAUAA